AUGGUGGGGGAACUACUGCUAAGAAUUCAACAGGUGGAGGCCAGACAUGGGGCACACGACAUGAGGGAAAGCCAUGAAGAAAAGACCCCAUUCUCAAGGGAAAUAGAGCUGGAGCCCCUCCCCCGCAGAUUUAAGGUUCCUAGCAUCCCUCAGUACAAUGGGGAUAGCGACCCCUUCGAUCACCUGGACGCUUUCAAUGUCCAGAUGGACCUGCAAACCUCCAGCUCAUUGGCCAAGUGCCGAGCUUUCCCUGCGACCUUGGGAGAUAUCCCCCGAGCGUGGCUAAGGAGACUUCACUCCCACAGCAUUUAUUACAUAGAGAGGUUCAAACGCGAAGUUAAUAAUGUCGAGAGCCCCUCCGACGAAAGUAUCUUGACUGCGAUCUUCGCUGGGCUUCGAAAGGAUGGGAAAUUCUACGAAAGCAUCUAUAAAUCUCUGGUGAGGGAUCUUGGCGAGUUCUACGAGCAAGCUGCGAAGGAGGUUCGGUGGGAAGAAAUGUUUGGCCUAAAAAAGCCGGGCGACCAGAAGAAGGUGACGGAACACACUGGCCAGAGCAAGAAGAGAGCUGAUGAGGACUCUCGCAAGGAAGGUCAAAAACGAAGCCCUAAUGACCAGGCGACCAAAAAGAUCUUCACCACAGAGCGUAACAAGGAGGAUUUCAGAAGGCCUAAUCCCCUGAAGACUCCCGACAAGUACAGAACCAAGAGCAAGUUCUGCGCCUACCACAACGAAGUAGAACAUACCACCUCUGAGUGCUGGGCGCUGAAAGACGCCAUCGAGGAGCUGAUCAGGAGAGGUCGGCUACACGACUAUGUGGUGCGUCCUAGGGAUCAUCAGCCCAAACAGCCGGCUCAACAAAACCUUGGUCAAGCUCCCGAAUAG